UCUGUGAUUUGGGAAUUGUUUGUUCCCUGUGAUGCCACUAGAUGUCCUACAAGCAAACACCAGCUGUAGCUGCUGCUGCUGAUAGAGUCUUUACUGGCAGAGUCCAUCUCCCUCUGUUACAUGUUACACCCAGUUUAAUGGGCUAAUAAGCGGCCACCGCCUUAUGAAUAUUGAUCGCUCACUCUGGUGUAUUAGUGCUUAUUGAUGCCGCGGUGCUCAGAGGAGAAAACAAUCAUGUGCUGAGAUCUGUGCGUCAUCGGGACCCCGGCUGGUGGUGGUGUGUGGAGGUGGUGGUGGUGUGUGCUGCUGCUGCUUCUCCGUCGAGUCUCAGACCGGAGUGAGAGGGUCAGUCAGUGCACACACACACACACCGAUCAGCGAUCACCGAUCAGCAGCAGUUCAUUGAUUAGCGGAUUGAUUGGCAGGAGCGCCUCCUGAACCCGGAUGACCUCCGGAGUGACGGGAGGAGGAGGAGAUGCGCAUUAUCUGCAGGUACUCUAGCGCUGUCGUAAAAACGGGAGUCCGGAGUCACAGCUAUCGUUAAAGCGAUGCCAGGGGUAACCAAGUACAAUCUAGUGGAUGACGCGCACGAUCUGAGGAUCCCCAUGCACAACGACGAGGUGUUUAAGCAUGGGGUCUGCUUCGAGGCAAAGUACAUUGGCAGUCUGGAGGUGGGUCGCCCCGGCAGCCGGAUGGAGAUAGUCGCGGCGAUGAGGAGAAUCAGAUAUGAAUUCAAACUGAAGAAUAUAAAGAAAAAGAAGGUCAACAUUGUCGUAUCCACCGAUUUUGUCAAAGUGCUUUUGCGCAAAAAGAGGAAGAGAAAAGGGUGGUCAUGGGAUGACAAUACCAUCAUGGUGACACAGGAUCCCAUCUACAGGAUCUUCUACGUCUCACAUGACGCCCAAGACCUGAAGAUCUUCAGUUACAUAGCGAGAGAUGGACAGAGCAACGUCUUCCGCUGCAACGUGUUCAAGUCGAAGAGGAAAUCUCAGGCCAUGAGGAUCGUGCGGACGGUGGGUCAGGCGUUCGAUGUGUGUCACCAGCUGACCCUGCAGCAGAAAAGCGAUGACCAGGAGGACGAGGAGGGGAAGGCGGAGGAAUCGGAGGCAGUGCCAGCAAAGAAGAGGUUUGCAUUGUCAGAGGAGACCGACCUUGAAGCCACUACAGAGGAGAGCAUUGAGUGCGUCUCCUCGUCAGACCUGGAGAAGAGUAAAAAGGACGAGGCCCUCGAUAACAAUGAGAAGGAAUCUGGUGACCCAUCUCUGCUGCUAAGCUCCCCCAUCCUCGGAGCCUCUUUGUCGGGUCAGUCGGCAGAAGAGGCUCCAGAGCACCAGGUCCAGCUCCUCCAGAAGCAACUGCAGCAGCAGGAACAACAGGCACUGGCAGCUUCAGAGCAGGUCCAUGUACUCCAGGAGCAGCUGUCAGUGGAGGUGUGUGCGCGGACUGAGACCCAGUCCAGAGUGCAGAGGCUGCUGCAGCAGAACACCGACCUGCUGCAGCACAUUUCCCUGCUGGUUAAACAGAUCCAGGAGCUGGAGCUCAAAGCUGCUGGCCACUUAACAUCCAUGGGCUCCCAGGAUAGUCUUCUGGAGAUCACUUUCCGCGCCAAGCCCCCCAGCUUUUCUUCAUCUACAGGCCAUUUUGCAGCUCAAUCCCAGGUCCAGAUUAGCGACAAUCCCUGGGUCUCCGCCCUCCCCGGGCCGUGCUCUCCAGGCACCGUGGGCGCCGACGUCAGCCCCCUGGGGCUCAGCGGCAGCGGGGUUCGCCUCGAGUGUUUCCGCUUCUCGUCCCGCGGGCCGGCGGACAGCCAGGAGCAGGGCCACGACACGGGGGAGACUCCCAGCGAUGAAAGCUCGCUGCUGGGGGAGCAGGUCCUGGGAGCCCUGGAGCUGCUCCGGUUCAGGGAGUCAGGGAUCGGGUCCGAGUACGAAUCGAACACGGAUGAGAGCGACGACCGGGACAGCUGGGGUCACGGGGAGGGAGUGGUGGGGGUUGACGGUGCCGCUCGACUCUUAAACGUGCUGAACGCGGAGAGUCUUUCAGACAGCUUGGGGGAUGAGAUGGCUGUGUAGUGGUGCUCUUAAAUCUGCACAAGGCAACAUUGCACUUAUGCACCAAACUGAUGGGAAACAGCUGAAAUUCAGAAUCUGAAGGACUUCAUUACACAGAAAUCAUGUAUCGUGACAUCAGUAAACUGCAGCGCUCAUGCAACGCUGUUCUGUUUUGAUUUCCUGUGCACUGAGAAAAUAUACCACUAUGUAUGAGUGGUGGGAUAUUAAGUAUAAUUGAACUGAUUAAUUUGAUCCUAAUGUCUAAGUUCACUCCAUUGCAGCUCCAAAACAAAAACGGUGUACUUCUAGAUAGGAGUUUGGCACGGUGCAGCUUCAUUCAAACCUUGGACUGUCAGAUUGUGUUUCAGGCGCCGUCUCUCUGAACAUCUCUGCUGUCUGUUAGUAUGUACGUUACAUGAUGAUGAUGAUUGUCGUACCUUACAUCCGUUUGGUCCUCUGACUCGCUGCUGGGCUUGUCACACUGUGGUCGUGUCUGUGUUUAUGGAGUUGUGACGCAUCCGAAAUGGACGUGGUGGUCAUUUUUUGCUGUUUUUCUGAUGAAGAUCUGUGAAGAAAAGACCCCUUUGUCAAGUCUGUCUGGUUAUGCUAACACAUUUUUUGGAGUGUGAAAAUUACUGUGCUUGCUAUGACACGUAAUCUGUAAUUAAUUACACAUGGGUUUAAAAAUGAGCAUGUUUCUCUCAUAGUCUGAUUUCUCUUUUCAAUACAUUGUAUAUAAUUUGCAUAUGCAUAAAACACAUAGCAUGAUUUUAUUCAUCCUGUUUUCAUAUUAUUGAAGAACACUUUCUGAUUGGGUAACGCUGUGUCUCAGAUGGAAACAUGUCACUGUGUGCAGGUGCUGCUACAACCUUGUCCCCUAGGUAUUAUUUGUUAAUGUCGUACUGCGGCAACCGUAAACUGCUCGGUCACUGUUGCUCCACCCUUCAGAGGAAUUGCUCAGAAAGUCCUGAAGUAUUUCAGAGAAAGAUGGAGGCGUACGCGACUCCUGGACUACCUUCAUAUUGUUCUGGCCAGCUGUCGCACCAGCUCCACCUCGCUGACUGAGAGCCAGAUCUCUGAAUCACUGUAUUGGGGGACGUGUCUUUGAGCUCUUUCCAAAAUCGAUUAAUCUUUUCCUGGCCCUCCUCUCUCCCUCUUUUUCCUGAAGCUCAUCACCUCUUCCCCGCUCUCACAAUCUGUCUGCUGUAUCCAUACGUCUCCGUUGAUCCCUGCCAUUCCUCUCCAAGGUUAUGUCUGUUCACAUGAAGUGUACUAAAAAUUAAAGUGCACUUAUAUCGAUGUUUCUCCA